CCAGACGAUCAUUUCCUCUCAAAGUAACCCAUUGUAUCCGGCCCGCGCCGAAACGGCGUUGACCGCAUUCCUUUUUCGGAAAUGACUUCGAGGUUGGACAGGCUCCUCCUUCUUCUUGAUACAGGAUCUUCGUCCUCCGUGAGGAAUACAGCAGCCAAACAACUUGCCCAACUUGCAGCGAAAAGUGUCAUAAGUGAUGUUGCAGUUCAAGACGAUAUCAAGUCAACUCGCCACCAUGUCCCUCUCGGUGACUCCUCAGCAUGGUCUGAAUUAAUGGCCGUCGUGGCUCGGAUUUUACCUUACUUGCAUUCGAAGAGCCAUGACACACGAUCGGCCGCAUCGAAUGCACUCUCGCAAAUAUUCUCCCUCGUGCCAGUAUGGCAGCCGCAAACUGACGUCAAACCGCCCCCAGAUCUAGAUACAUCCUCUCCUGACUUCCCUACAUUUUCUGUGCAAGAACUCAUGCAGAAAGGCGUGCUACUUCUUGCUUCAUCCGGCACAGAGUUUUCGAAGCCAACCGGCAUCCUUGCCAAUGCAGCAGAGGUUAAGAGAGCUCGUAAGGAAGCCAUGGGUCGGCUAGGCCUUGACUUCCUCGAAAGCGUAGGUGCCGCAGAUGACAUGGACCUGGACAAAGAACUCGCCGUCGAAGGGGAGGCUGAAGCCGAUCGUGAAGACGAGAUUUCUCCUAAGAGAGAGGAAACUGCUACCCCCGUAGAUUCCCCGAUGGUGAUCGAGACUCCAGUCAAACGCGAACGUUCGCCACCUCCACUGCUCUCUCGCCCAAAAAGUACAACCCCCGCUGCGCCGUCACCGACAAUAGCUACGGAGGGAGAUUGUCUCAACGGUCUUUCAGCACGCGAACGAAACCGCCUCAAACGGAAACGGAAACCAGGCAAUUCCGCCUUUGUUGCAGCACCACCUCCACCUCCGGCCGGUGCCAAGUACAGCGCGACCCCUGCAGGGCCAUCAAACAAAGCACGACUGGUAUCAGCCGAACCGCAGGAUGCGCCAAGGUCACGACUAGAGAGCCCUGCUGACAAUGUUAAAACAUUCGCUGCAGAGAAGGUCGUCAUAGAUCCUUCGAAGGGUGGUGCAGUGUCACCGAAAGCAGCCCAACAAUCACAUGCGCUGGAGGUCCUUCCAGGGGCUUGGAUGUGGCAAGGUAUUGUAGCCCUCCUAGAGGUCGACCUGUUCUCUGCAAAUUGGGAAUCGAGACAUGGUGCUGCCAUGGCUUUGCGCGAAUUGCUCAAGGUCCAAGGGUCUUCGGGUGGCAUGAAAGACGGCUUGUCGGCGGAGGAAAAUUCUCUUGCACAUGAGCGUUGGUGUAACGACUUGGCCGCAAAACUCUUGUGCGUUUUCGUCCUCGACCGUUUUGGGGACUUCGUCUCCGAUCAGGUUGUGGCACCUGUCCGUGAGACGGUGUCACAAACACUCGCAUCCCUUCUACUACACAUGCCUCAGCAGUCUGUGAAGCAUGUCCAUUCUAUACUACUGCAAAUGAUCCGGCAGGACUUCCCAUUGGGGCAAAAACCAACCAAGAGCAAGAAGGGCGAUCGUAGCCACGUAUGGGAGGUUCGGCACGCAGGACUUCUCGGGAUCAAAUACGAGGUUGCCGUGCGAAGUGAUCUUUUUGAGACUGCUGGUGACACAGGAAAGGAUAUUCUGCAGGGCGUUGUUGAUGCCGCAGUGCUCGGUCUCAGUGAUCCUGACGAUGAUGUUCGUGCCGUGGCCGCAUCUUGUUUGCUUCCGGUCGCGGGCCAUCUCGUCGAACAGCUUCCAGAAUCUCUGGAUAAAGUGCUGUUGGUUCUCUGGAACUGCCUGCGCGGCAUGAAGGAUGACUUGAGCUCAAGUGUUGGCGCCGUAAUGGAUUUGCUGGGUAAACUCGUAACUUACAGCAAGGUCAUUGAUAUCCUUGCAGAAGCUAGCGUGUCUCUCCCACUCACGGAAUUGGCGCCCACACUGUUCCCAUUCUUCCGACAUACGAUCCCCAACGUUCGUCUCGCCGUAGUGAAGACUCUGCUUUCUUUCAUGACCGUAGCUUCCCUUCCCCGCGAAUGGAUCGUCACGUCAUUCCUUCGCCUUCUUUUCCAGAAUUUGAUUGUGGAAGAGCGGGCGGACAUUCGCGCUGUCACGUUGACAGCGUGGCGGACGGCGCUCGAGAUUGUAGCUUCUGUGCCCGGGUGGAUGAAGAAGUUGGUGAAAGCAGCAAACCAAGACGAAUGCGACUCAGUGCCACUGGAGAGACAUAACGUCGACAAGAACAUGCUUGCCCAGGAUCUAUCCUUAGUCAGUGCUGUGGUAAUCAUGCAGGCUCGAAUCGCAGCGGCUACCUCUAUGGCGUAUCUGAUGAUUUAUUGGCCUCCCAAGUCCAUCGACGAGCUCUUCCAACCCAUACUCAUUCAUUACUUGCAGUCAACCAGCAUGCUUCAGAAAUUCUUGGCCGCCCUCGUCUCAGAGGAAUGGGCUCGCGCGUACGAUGCAACAUCGCCCUCUGCACCCAUCAUUGAGGCUUUUCCUCUUGCAGCAGAACUCAGCACGAUGUGUUUGGCCUGGUUGCAGGGCACGCCUCCGAUUGCGUAUCACGAGAUGGCCUUCACGCUACACCGCAUUCACUCAGAGUGCGCUGCGCUACUUCGUUGCUUUGCGACUGAUUGCAAGAUCCCGAUCUCCCUGAUUCCUCACCUCGGUGACGAGAUUGACAUCACUGGCACCAAACCGAAUAGUUUCACCAUCGAAACUGCAGAACAAGCGGUCGGUCCGAUGUACACGAAACUAAAGGACAGCCUUGGGCGUACGAAGAAGCGCGAGUUGGGAGUUAUUGCCGAGAAGAGACAGAAAGUCGUGAUUAGCAUUGAACAAUACUCGGAGGUCAAGGCACAGCAUGACACUCGCGUUUCAGCGGCUUUUGCAGCUUCCUUCGUUGCGUUUCGGAGCACCCCGGAUAAAGUUAGUCCUGUGGUCAAGGGCAUCAUGAACGGCAUCAAGAAUGAGGAAAAUCUGGAUCUUCAGACCCGCUCAGCAGUCGCAGUGGCAACAUUCAUCGACUUCUGCUUCCAACAUAAUAUUACGCAACCGCCCGACAAGAUCGUCAAGAAUUUGUGUACUUUCCUGUGUCAAGACGUGGAGCAAACACCGACCUUCGCCUAUUCACGGUCUGUUUACAAGGGUGUUCUGUCCCUCACUUCUUGGUCAAAGCAAACGCAGCUGGGGAAGAAUGGCAAGGAUAGUUCGAACGGUGCUGAAAGUGCCAAGUCGAGCGAUGAUGCUGCGCAAGCACAAUUAUCAAGACGAGGAGCUUGCCUAGCGUUCGAUCAGCUGUCGGCCAAGUUUGGCUCUCAGCUCCUUCAUGUCAUCCCGAAGAUGUGGAUUUCCAUGGCGGGAGGCUUGCUGAGCGCAUGCACAACAGCGUUACCACACGAAGCUGACGCCCUUAUGGACAAACAAUAUGGACAAGAUGUCAUUGAUUCGCUCAGUGUCCUCGAAGCAGUUGUGCCCACCUUUCACCCUGAUCUUUGGCCUAAGCUUGCAGAGCUGUUCCCCGCUAUUACCAUGGCGCUGCGCAGCCGAUAUGCCAUCAUUCGGCAGGCAGCUGCGCGGUGUUUCGCUACCAUCUGUAAUGUGAUGACAUCUGACGCCAUGCGGUUUGCCAUCGAGAAGAUCAUCCCGCUAUUGGGGGAUGCUAUCGUGCUGUCAAACCGUCAGGGUUCUGCCGAAGCUAUCUAUCAUAUCGUCCAGCACCUCGACAUCAAAGCGUUGCCCUACGUCAUCUUUCUUAUCGUCCCCGUGCUGGGGCGUAUGAGUGAUCCCGAUGACGAUAUUCGUUCUGCUGCUACCAAUACAUUUGCGUCCCUGGUCAAGAUGGUUCCAUUAGAGGCUGGUUUGCCUGAUCCUCCCGGCUUCCCUGAAGAGCUGUUGAAGAGGCGUGAAACUGAGCGACAAUUCCUCACCCAACUUCUUGAUGGCAGCAAGGUCGAGCAGUACACCAUACCUGUCCCUAUCAAGGCAGAACUCCGCAAAUACCAGCAAGAAGGUGUUAACUGGCUGGCGUUCUUGGCUAAGUAUCAGUUGCACGGAAUUCUUUGUGAUGAUAUGGGUCUUGGGAAAACCUUACAGUCCAUUUGCAUACUGGCCAGCAAGCACGCAGAGCGAGCUAAGAAGUAUGAAGAAACGCAAUUGCCCGAUGCUGUUCAUCUUCCAUCGCUCAUCAUCUGCCCUCCCACUCUUACCGGUCACUGGUACUACGAGAUCCUAAAAUAUUCCGAGAACUUGCAACCUAUCCUCUAUACCGGCAACUCCAAGGAACGCGCAAGGAUUCUUCCUAAACUGUCCAAGAAGGACGUGGUCAUCACCUCGUACGAAGUUGUGCGGAACGAUAUUUCGAGCCUAGAAGAUUUCAACUGGUUAUACUGCAUCCUCGACGAAGGACAUGUGAUCAAGAACGCGAAGACGAAACUCACAAAAGCUGUCAAGGCCAUACAUGCGCAGCAUCGCCUCAUUCUCUCGGGAACUCCAAUCCAGAACAACGUGUUGGAGCUAUGGAGUCUUUUUGACUUCUUGAUGCCUGGCUUCCUCGGGACUGAAACGUCGUUCAACGAGCGAUUCAGCAAGCCGAUUCUGUCAAAUCGUGAUGGAAAGGCGAAGACUAGUGAAGCUGCUGCUCUUGCUCUCGAGGCUCUGCAUAAGCAAGUCCUGCCCUUCCUAUUACGAAGGCUGAAAGAGGAUGUCUUAAAUGACCUUCCCCCGAAGAUCAUUCAGGACUACUACUGCGAGCUGUCAGAUGUGCAAAAAGCUCUGUACGACGACUUCUCCGGCUCACGAGCCAAGACGAAUGCGGAGGACGUCAUCCAGGGAACUGUCUCAUCCUCCAAGGAUGCCCCGCAACAACAUGUUUUCCAAUCACUACAAUAUCUCCGCAAACUUUGUAAUCAUCCUUCACUGGUCCUGAAGACGAACCAAGACGCCGUCGUUGCAGCACUCGCCAAGAUGAAUUGCAAAAUCGAGAGCUUGAACAAUAUUCAACACGCACCAAAACUACUUGCUCUAAGGCAACUACUCACGGAUUGUGGUAUUGGAGGCAGCUCUGCGGUUACUGGUGACAGUGGGAAGAUCGAUCCUGCGGAGAGCUUAUCGGAAUCGAGCGGCGCAUUCUCUCAACAUCGUGCUCUAAUUUUCUGUCAGAUGAAGCAAAUGUUGGACAUCAUCGAGAAUGACCUCUUCAAGCAACAUAUGCCUUCCGUCACGUACAUGCGACUUGAUGGUGGAACCGACCCCAAUAAGCGUCAUGCUAUCGUACAAACAUUUAACUCGGAUCCCAGUAUUGACUGUCUCUUAUUGACGACGCACGUCGGUGGACUCGGUUUGACCCUCACUGGGGCAGACACUGUAAUAUUUGUGGAACAUGACUGGAAUCCUAUGAAGGAUCUUCAGGCUAUGGACAGAGCUCACCGCAUUGGACAAAAGAAGGUCGUCAAUGUGUAUCGUUUGAUCACGAAGGGCACAUUGGAAGAGAAGAUCAUGGGUUUACAACGCUUCAAGCUCAAUAUCGCAAACUCAGUGUUAACGCAGCAGAACUCCGGUCUGGCGUCAAUGGACACAGAUCUUGUCCUCGACCUUUUCAGACGAACUACGGAAGAGGAGGAUGCAGCCACAAAGAAGAAGGCAAAAGACCCAACUGGUCCUGUCAGCCAGAAGAACGUCCUGGCGGGUCUUGAAGACAUUCCCGCGGAGGAUGAGUAUGAGGGACUCGAUCUGUCGAGUUUCAUGGGCUCCUUGGGGAUGCAGUGAGGUGGACGAUUCUAGAUUUCAUUCAUUGAUUAUGCAUUGGCUUGGUUUUCGCUUGACACGACUACAUAGCAUCUAUAGUAGAAUGUACCCAUACUCCACCAAUAAUGUAUAGUAGAUUAAGUCACGGAUAGGUCUUCUCUCACUUGCCACUGCGAGGACUUCAUAACCAUGAGGUCAAGACUACCGCGUAUAAUUAUCAAAC